UAUUUUACGCCGCAUCACAUCAGAAUCUUUUCUAAAAUCUAAAUUAUUCUUUAUUUUGAUGAGCGAGAUAAUGGAACGAUCAAGUUAUUUAUUCCUUUGUAUAUAUUCGAAACAUUUUGGAUUGCAAAGUUUUGAAAAAUUUCGCGCUUAAAUCUUCAUCUCGUCCAACACACGCGGCGACCUAGCAAUCAAGCUCAUCACAUCAUCCGUCCGAGGCAUUUCCAACAUGUCGGUGAUAUUUCGAAAAUGACAUUACGCUUUGAUGGCUCCGGCGAUGAUUUAAAAUAGAAAGAGUUAAUAAGAACAUUUAUCAAGGACAAUAUGACGAAAAUGUCGUAGAGAUAAUAAGUGCUGAUCAUCGACGUCAAAGAAGUUCCUCAAUUAAUGGGGGGAAAAAGAGAAAAUUAUAGUUGAGGAAAAAAUGAAAUCUCACAACAACGAAAAUGAAAUCGUUGAACAGAUACCUAUUUCUUGUUCUCUGCUUCGCCGCAGUCGUUAUUUUGCUCAACUUUACAACAAAUCUGCCAAAAAAACUCUACGACGUGGAAAACAAAAAAAUAACGAAUUCAUCAACUUUAGAGAAAUCUCCGUUCGUCCCGAAACGAAUGGAUGAAAUUGUCAUAUGUGUUGUUGCUUGCGGCGAUAGACUUGAGGAAUCUCUGACUAUGCUUAAAUCAGCAAUUGUUUUUACCAACAGAUCGUUGAAAUUUAUCAUCAUUGCCGAUGAUAAUCUCAGACUUGCGUUUGAUGAAAAACUCACUGAAUGGAAAUUGAAAACAAACAAAACUUUCAAUUUUCUCUUAAAGCCCAUCACAUUUCCUGCGGAUAGUGAUGUCUCCAUGUGGAGGAAAUUAUUUAAGCCGUGUGCUUCGCAGAGACUAUUUUUACCUACUGUGCUAAACACUACCGAUGCGAUUCUUUACGUGGACACGGAUACUCUCUUUUUAGCACCACCUGAAGAAGUUUGGGACAAAUUCAAGGAAAUGAAUUCAAGUCAAUUAGCAGCAUUGAGUCCAGAGCAUGAAGAUACAAAUACUGGUUGGUACAACCGCUUUGCCAAACAUCCUUAUUACGGCAAACUUGGUGUUAAUUCAGGUGUAAUGUUAAUGAACUUAACAAGAAUGAGGGAAUUUCGAUGGACCGAUUAUGUGAUACCGAUACACAAAGAAUACAGGCUGAAAAUAACAUGGGGUGAUCAGGAUAUAAUAAACAUUAUAUUCCAUUUUCAUCCUGAAAAAUUGUACAUAUAUCCAUGCAAAUAUAAUUAUCGGCCGGAUCAUUGUACGUACAUGUCGGUGUGUACGGAAGCCGAAAAAGAGGGUGCUUUAGUUGUUCAUGGCUCUAGAGGUACCUUUCAUUCGCAAAAACAGCCACCAUUCCGAGCUGUUUAUCGAGCAAUGCAAGAGUAUCAGUUGGAUACUGAUCCGUACGAGAAUUUAUUAUUGCCAAUGCAGAAUUAUUUGACCCUUGAGGACACCUCGAGUUGCGGCAAAGUGUGGAAAGUAUUCAUUGUACAACCGGAAUUACACUUGGGAAAGAAAUAUCAAGGAUUCUAAAAAUCCAGAAGAAAUUCAUAGAACGGUUGAGCAAUUUUUGUACAUACCACAUGAAAAUUUUAUUAGAUCGGAAUUCGAAUGUUCAACGAAUUUAAAAAUUUUUUAAAACGAUUGGUUCUGCAAUGUUCCGAAUAUUAAUUUAACAUGAUUAUAAAGUCCACUCGAUCUCGAGGUGAGUUUCAAAUUGCUGCCUUUUCCAAACCAACAGUGAAAACAUUUUUUUUUAUUUUUGUGCCAGUGGUAAUCGAUUGACAUAUUUCGAUCAUGUAGAAAUUGCAAUUUUUCUGAAAAUUUUCAAAGUAAAAAUAUUUAUUUUUGGAGAUUAUACAAUUAUCUUUAAAAUAUUUCGAUCUCUUCGUGGUUACACCAGCUGCAAGUUACGCAAUCGACGAAUAAUUUUGAAAAAUUUACGUGUAUAGAGCUCUUGUGAUAUGACAAAAGAAUAGUUGCCCAAUUAUUAAACAAUUUAUCAGUCGGUUGAUUUGUUUACGAUAUUUUAACAUUGCUUUUAUACAGAGCUUAUACAGAGCUGUUUGCUUCAUCAUGAAUUUUUAUCAAUUGCCAAAAGUAUUACAGUACUGAGCAACUAAUGCUACCGAUGCCUCGAAAAAUAUGUGUGCAUACUAAAGAAAGUUCGAUUAAACAAAAGAAGCAAUAACUUGAAAAUACGAUCCAUGCAAAGUCUCCGGAAUAUAUUCAUAGUCUGGGACUUAAUAUAAAAAAGGAAAGCUCAUGCCAUUUUUAUUACUAUUAAAAAAGGAAAGAAAAACAAAUACCCAGAAAUCUCAAGUACUCGGAAAUAAUAAUACUUUUUGAAAACUGCCAUGGAAAGAUCAAGAUACAUAAAAAAAUAACUUGUUCUCUCUAUGUUGCCGUUACGCGAGUCUGUGAUGUAAGUUUUAAUUUAUGUUAGUGUGUAAAAAUUCAAUAAACUUGAAAUUUAAGUUUGCAUCAAUAGAAUGUAGAGGAGGAAAGGAAGCUAAUUUGGAAUACCAAAAAACGUGUAUAAUGCUAUCUCAAAUUAGCUGCACUUACUCUCAUAUUGGAAUUUUUUUUUAUCAUUCAAUUUUGAAUAAUUGAGUUAUGUCGAUCCUAUUAUUUUUUGGCUAAUUACUAAGGGUGGAUAAAGAAAAAUUAAAUUUUUUUUUGCAUUUCAAUGAUGAAAAAUUUCAAUAUUAUCGAUAGACCAUCUUCCGUAAUUCUUUUUUGUUAUAUGUACGUAUUUUUUGUUUGAUUGAUUUUUAUUUUCUUAACAACAUAGGAAUAUUACAAUGUAGAUAAAAUAAAUAUUAAGUUUAAGGGACCCAAAAUUGAGUAUCAUUAUACAUGCCAAACCUAACAAAAAAUGAAGAAUGCAGUUUCAUUUACAAUUCGUGUUGCAUUUGGUGAUUCACAACAAUAGUGUUGAGUAACGUAUUUAUACGCAUACAUAUUUCAUACACUACAAAAUAUCUUUACAAUUAUAAUGUAUACAAACUUUGCUUAACAAUAAUAAAAAAUACGUCCGAAUA